UUACUCAUGCUCCCAGCGCAGCGCAGUCAAAACAAAAGUUCGGAAAGAAAAGCAGAUCAAUGAAAUCGUGUAAAGUUUUGUUUCAUUCAUAAAUUUAUCUUAAUCAUCAAACCCCGUUGCACGAUGGUUGAGGAAACUGUUCCCGUGGCUAAAACUAAGACGAAAACAGCACGGCCGAAACCUGUUUACCUUUGGACGGUGGCGGAUACCUUGAAAUGGCUCCGAAGGCACUGCAGUGAACAAUCGGGCAAAUAUAGCGACCUGUUUCAAAAGCACGAAAUCACGGGCCGAGCGUUGCUCAGGAUCACUGACGAUUCCCUCGGCCGGAUGGGCAUUGACGGCAACAAAGACCGUGAGGACAUUCUACGGGAAAUCAUCAAACAGCGACUGAAAACCGACAUUAUGGAGAUUCGUGAUAUGGAACUGAUGAACAACGUGUACGAAAACUGUUACUAGAAAUAUAGCGGGCUUUUUUUA